CGGCGAGGUGGGAGUUUCGGGGAUCGAGUGUGGAGCCGAGGCGAGGCAGCAACAAUGAUGCUGCCUGACCUGCUGAAUACCUGGCCUACAAGGAGCAACUUGUGCCUGCCCUGUGCUGCUCUUGUGUGUGCCUGCCUAAAUUGAAUUGUGUUACUGACAUGUACUCUGUGCAGCAGAGCUGGUCUCUGGUCCCCUCUGCCCUCUGUGCCGCUGGACACAGACCUUGCUGUGUGUGCAAUGGACAUCCACGUGGGUACCUUCCACACCUCAGAACUGGAGUGGAACCAAAUCUUCCUCAACCCCCAAGGGACUGCCUGAGAGGCAGUCUGGUGGAGGAAAUGGAACCAAACUAGCCCAGCCCAAGUGAGGAGGUAGAACCUCUCCUUGCUGGUAUUUGCGUCCAGGAGUGUUUUGUGACCUGGUCAAGAUGGAUCAGCAGAUGUUUAAGCUGAAGAUGCUUCAGAUCUCGGGUGCACAACAUUGUAUGAUGUCGACUUACAGGCGGGCCACCUUUGACGAGGAUGACCUGAUCGACUCCGUUGCUGAAGAUGAAGUAUAUCCAGAGGGCGAGCAGAUGAACAUCAAGAGAUCAAGGGGUCUGAGGGGCUGUUGGAGCAACAGGACUCACCUGGAGAAACGCCUGCUGGUUCUAAUCAUCCUUCUUGUGCUGGCACUAUUCUGCAGCGUCAUUGCCCUGCUCUUCAGAUACAGAAAUACCCCAAAAGUUUGUCUAACCGAGUCCUGCAUCAAGAUUGCCAGCACUCUCCUCCAAUCUUUGGAUCAUUCUGUUGACCCCUGCCACAAUUUCUACAACUACGCCUGUGGAGGCUGGAUUAAGGCAAACCCAUUGGAAGAUGGAAAGUCCAGACAGGGAGUCUUCCACAGCAUCUGGGACCAUAACCAGGUCAUCAUGAAGCAUAUCUUGGAAAGCAACACGUUAAACACCACAAGUGAAGCUGAACGCAAAGCCCAGCGUUACUAUCAGGCCUGCAUGAAUGAGCGCAAGAUUGAGGAGUUGCAGGAAAAGCCUCUACUUGACAUCAUAAACAAAUUGGGAGGUUGGAACAUCAGCAGAGUGUGGAACAAGGACAAUUUUCAAGAAGUGCUCCGGUCUGUCACAAUCAACUACCGAGCCAACCCAUUCUUCUCCGUCUACGUCAGCACAGAUUCCAAGAACUCCAACAGUAACGUCAUUCAGGUAGACCAGUCUGGAAUAUCUUUGCCAUCAAGAGAUUAUUAUCUCAACAAAACUGCCAACAGUAAGGUCCUAACAGCUUACUUCAAUUACAUGGUGGAUCUGGGGAUGCUACUGGGCGGUGAGGAGGCUUCCACCCGGGCCCAAAUGCAGCAGGUUCUAGACUUGGAGACAACCCUGGCCAACAUCACAGUUCCACCGGAGGAUCGCAGAGAUGAAGAGGCUAUCUACAAAAAAAUGACAGUACGCAGCCUCCAGUUGCUGGCUCCAUUUGUUGACUGGCUGCCCCUGCUCUCUGCCAUCUUCUAUCCUGUUGAGCUGAAUGACUCUGAGCCUGUGGUUGUCUACGCAACGGAGUAUCUGCAGCAGGUCUCUGACAUCCUUAAUUCCACCGAUAAAAGUAUCCUCAACAACUAUAUGAUAUGGAAUGUGGUAUUGAAAACUGCCAACUAUCUGGAUCAUCGCUUCCAGGAUGCAGAACAAGAACUCGUCGAUGCCAUUUCAGGAACUAAAAAGGCAUGUAACACUCGAUGGAAGGCAUGUAUCAGUGACACUGAUGGAACUCUUGGGUUUUCACUUGGAGCUUUGUUUGUUAAAGCAGCAUUUGCUGAUGACAGCAAGCAGAUUGCAGAAGGGAUAAUUUCUGAAAUUAAAGUGGCUUUCAAAGAGAGAAUAAGGAAGGUCCCGUGGAUGGAUGAAGAGACUAAAAAAGCGGCAAGAGAGAAGGCAGAUGCAAUCUACAAUAUGAUUGGCUAUCCAAAGUUUAUCCUGGAUCCUGAAGAACUGGAUGAGAUCUUCAGUGAUUAUGAAGUGGUUCCUGACCUCUAUUUCCAAAACCUGCUGCAGUUCUAUAACUUCUCCGUACGAGUCAUGGCCAAACAGCUGCGGAAACCUCCCAACAAGAGCCAGUGGAGUAUGACCCCUCCCACUGUCAAUGCGUACUACACCCCCACGAAGAACGUGAUUGUGUUCCCGGCCGGCGUCCUUCAGGUCCCAUUCUAUUCUCGGGAUUUCCCCAUGUCUUUAAAUUUUGGUGGAAUUGGAAUGGUUAUGGGCCACGAACUAACUCAUGCAUUUGACGAUCAAGGGAGGGAGUAUGACAAAGAGGGCAACCUGAGGUCCUGGUGGAAAAACUCCUCAGUCGAGGCCUUCAACCAUCAGACUGAGUGCAUGGUCAAACAGUACAAUAACUACAGCAUCAACGGUGAGCACGUGAAUGGCAGGCAAACACUGGGUGAAAAUAUCGCGGACAAUGGUGGUUUGAAAGCAGCUUACCAUGCCUAUGAGAACUGGGUAGAAAAGAAUGGUGAAGAGAUGAUUCUGCCCACCUUGGGCCUCACUAAUCAACAGCUCUUCUUCCUGGGAUACGCCCAGGUUUGGUGCUCCAUACGGACCCCGGAAAGUUACCACAAGGGCCUCAUCACGGACUUCCACAGUCCUCAGAUGUACAGGGUGAUUGGAGCUGUGACUAACUCUGUUGAAUUUGCCAAGCACUUCAACUGUCCUGAAGGAAGUCCAAUGAACCCCCUGCACAAAUGUGAAGUGUGGUGAAUUAAAUGAGACAAUGAGAAAUGGAAGCCUUGAGCCCUGGAACAAUGGGAUUGGUUUGAACGUCUGGUCCCACCACAACUAAACGGGUCACUUCUGCGCCUUGUAACAAAGGGAAAUUUAUUUGGCUGUACUUUUGUUGAAAAACCUGUGGAUUACAGUGUGAAUAUUCUUACUUGGCUUCCCAUUCUGUGGAUAACACUGGAAUCUGUGGGAAGAGCACACAGCCAAACACAAGACAACAUUUGGUGGCAUUGUUGCAAGACAGGAUGCUAUCCUCCAAAACAAUAGUUACCCUUUUGCUUCAGAACGUUUACACUUAAGUAGUUAUUUUUACUUAGUAAGUUGAAUAUUUAAGAUGUUAAAGAGUGAUUUUGGGAGGUUCCCUCAGGAUGACAGGGAGCGGCUUUUGUGGAUGUUCUGUCACUGCAAUGGGGUCUCCAUUCACACUGAUUUUCUGCCUAAGUUGGAAAAUCCCAAGGAAAUUCAUGGCACAGGUUUAUAAUUGCUGGCUGGACUUCGUAUGGAUCUCCUUGGUCUAAGUACACUGAAACGUUAUUGAUCAGAGAGGUCAUGAAUAUUUUACGGGCACAUGGCUUUGUUUGCCUCCUUUCCUUCUCUUUUCUUUCUAGCCAUUGAUUUGUCCGAGUUUGCUUUCUGUGCGGCAUUUGGUGGCAGAGGGUGGUAAGCGAACUCAGGUGACUAAUUAACCUCUUAACUAACUUUGAUAAUUUAACUAAACGGCUGGCCUAUCCCCUCUUCCCACCCCACAGCCCAAAGAACCCAAGGAUCAACAGAGAAAUGAGAGUCCAAAAGUGCACUUCUUGGUGGGGGAGAGAGAGUUGGGACAGUGAUGAGGGUGUGGAGAGCGAUCGUGCCAUGGCCUUAUUGAAGUCCAUUCUUUUAGCUUGGUUCCAUCAAAGUAAGGCAGAUUCUUAACAAAACUGCUAUUCGCUUGUAUGUAUCCCUACCUACCUCUGAAACUCAUUCACUUUGGUCAGUUUUCUAGAGUCUCAAUCGACUCAUCUUCACAAUUUUCGACAUCUAUUCCUGCAAAACUCUUGAGCUAACUUUUGAUUGUGGUGUAUCCACUUUUAAUCACAUGUCAAAUGUUGUUAAUAGGAUGCUCCAACGGAAAGUACUGCUUUUAAAUCUGAGUAAGUUAAUGGACAAUGAUUUGCCUUUUUAAUCUCUAAUGAUGUCCUUUAAAAUUCUUAUUCUGGUGAUCAAAUCCUUCCAAGAUACAAACUUGUCUCUCACUAUCUCUGUUAUCUCAUUUAGCCCUACAACCCUUAAGAUCUCACCAGUUCUGACCUCAUUUACAUCCACAGUUUCCUCUGGCCUAUCACUGGUGAGUGUGUAGCCUGUCAUCAAAUAGCUGCGUUGCAGUCACUGUAGGAAUAUUCAUUAGACUGGUUCCAGGGAUGGCAGGUUUUGCUUAUGAGUAGAGAUGGAGUGAACUGGUGUUGUAUUCACUGGAGUUUAGAAGAAUGAGAAAGAGAUCUCAUCAAAAUUCUUGAAGGAUUUGACAGGGUAACUGCAGGGGGAUGUUUCAAUAGUUCAGGAGUCGAGCACCAAAAGGGACAGUUUUGGAACUGCUUGAGAUUGAGAUGAGGAGAAACUUCUUCCCUCAGAGGGUGGUGAAUCUUUGAAAUGUUCUACCCUAAUGGGCUGUGGAGACUCAGUUGUUCUGUUCAUUUAGAAUGGAGAUCAGUAGAUUUCUGGGUGGCCAUUAAGGAAUCAAGGCAUAUGGGGACAGUGCCGGAAAAUGGCACUGAGGUAAAAGAUCAGCCAUGAUCUUCAUGAAUAGCUAAGUGGUUCAAAGAUCAGAUGCUCCUAUUUAUUUUGUAAAUGAAGGUCUAUUUCUUUUGGGUGAGUCAUUGCAAGAUCGGUGGCAUCUGUGGGAUCAUACCCAGCUGAAAUGCUUGAAAAUAUACAAUGCCAAUGCUGAUGAACUUGGCAGUUCCACAUUGCCAAAAACUUCCUUGUACUUAUUUGACAGAACUUUAAAGCCUGAAUGGUGUGUAACACUGGAAGCCCAGACCACAGUGUAGCUCUAAGGCUUAACUUGGGGAAAGGAAGAAGCAAGUGAGGGGAGGGUGACCACACAGAAAGCAAGGUGACUCUGUAAGAGGAGUGGGACUGAAGGGAGCCUACACAAACUUCAACAGCUGUGAGAAAAAUUGGGAGACCGGCCAAGGUGCGGCUGCAGAAAGUGAAAUACUUUUGCCCAGCAGCAAGGGGCUCUGAGCAAACAUGGAACAGGGGCUGCCGUCACUGUCUGUCUCUCAGGAGCCUCGCAGGAGGUCAGAGCUCACCACACAUGGGUAGUCCUCUCCAACCAACCCUGCCUCAUGUUGCUGGUUACACUUGUGAUUUGCACUCAUUCGUCUUAAGAAGUCCCCCAGGAUGAAGAAUGACUUGCUUCCACUCCCGUUCUAUGAGCGCUGAGGUGAGUGAUGAGUCCACUGUGGGAUCUGCAGAUCUUGCCACAGGUGGAGUGGAUUACAGAUUCUGUCUUCCUAAACUGAGUGAUAUUCAGUUGGUAAUGGUGUAAAUUCCUGGGUGGGUGGAGAUACGGAGAGUUUGGGAGGUAAUGCACCCCUUCAGUCACUUACACAGGACCUCUGUGUGUUCCUGGUGUAUGGACCCAAGGCUCUCAAUACCAACUCAAAUGCUCCUUCUCCACUUUGAAUGGUCAUGGGCCAGAGGUUCCCAGGAGUGGUUGGGGAUGUUGCACUUUUUCAAGGAGGCUUUGAACACGUCCUUGAAUCUUUUCCUUUGUCCACCUGGUAAUCUCAUUCUACGACAGAGCACAGAAUGGCGGCAAGAACAGUAUAGGUGGCACAGUGGCACAGCCAGUAGAGCCACUGCCUCACUGCACCAGAGACCCGGGUUCAAUUCUGACCACUAAUUAGCCACUAUAUUGGCCACUAUGAAUUAGCCCUGGUGUGUAGGUGAGUGGGUAGAAUCUGGGGAGUGGGCUGAUGAGAAUCUGGGGAGAAUAAAAAUUAGGUUAAUGUAGGAUUAAUGUAAAUGUGUGGUUGAUGGUUAGUGUGGACUCGAUGGGCUGAAGGGCCUGUUUCCCUGCUGUAUCUUUCUGUGACCCUAGGACUUUUUGGGAGUUUGGUGUCAGUGAUGUGUAAUUGGGGCUUUAGUGUUGAGGAUGUUGCCCUGGGAGAGUUCAAUGACAUUGGUUUACUUGUCCUGUCAAUAGAUUUGGAGGAUUUUGGUUUAAGAACACAACAACUAAUCAAGAUGUGGAGCAAUUUUUAAAGCUUUGUUUACUGUCAUGGGGCAUUAGUUGCAAUAAUGUGCACAUUAACAGGGAUUAAUUUUCCUAAUUUUUAUUUAUAUCAGCUGCAAUAGAUUGCCAGCUAUCAGUAACUUCAGCAGAUAUUUUCCAAGGUGGCUGCUGGCUGAGAGUCCUGCCCAUCCCUUCCUCGCUCAUUGGUGGGGAACUGCCACAGAUUCAGGCAACUCCCGCUCUUCCAAAGGUUGUAUUAAUUAAUUAAAAUUCCCAUGAAUCUUCUCAUAAAUGAGAGUGAAUAAUAAAUGCUCGUAUUUUACCAGGGAAUAUCUGACUGAGAUUUUCACUGCCCUGUUUGUUUUCACCACUAAAUGCCGAAGAGUUCAUUCAUUCACCACUGCAUGGGCAGUUUUCGCACAUUAAAAUUUCACGAUGAGGCUGAGUGAGUUUGCUGGGCAUUGGGGAAAUAUAGGAAACAGAUGAUGUCUAAGAAAACCAAUGUAAUAUUGUCAUAGUAAAACGUGAGUUUUUACACAAGCUGUGAUAGAUGUCCGAUGUGUGUCAUUGGUUCAUGGGCUGGGUGUUUCCCAUUUGUAUUCAGCUGACUGACCCAUCCCGCUGUUCUGCAGUCCUUUGUCUCCAAACUGUAAAUCCAUCAGCUGCUGGAUUGAAGCAAAUCCCAAUUGCACUGUUACUGGGUCGCUCAGUGCGUUAUCUGCUGAGCUGGAUCUCUUCUGCACUGGAUUAACAUGGUUGGAAGUCAGUCACAAACAGCUCCACCACAGCAGAUAAACAGAUCUUUCCUUUAGUUUUUUUUUGUGUACUGUGAAACUUGUAGAAAAUGUUGAAAGAUUCCACAUGAUAAUGAACUAAAGCUGAUAUGUUGUCAUCAGGAUUAUCUUGGUGGGAUAGUAAUCACAAUAUGAGAACAGAUUUCCACUUUGGCAGCUGUCGUACACCAUCAGGAAAUCCGCAACUCUGCCUACGAGCCUCUGGACUCUGAAGACCCUUAUAAUUGGAAAUGUUGCUCUCCUAUCUGGGGCUUUGUCGAGAGAGAACAAUUUCCAGUGUAGAGUAUCCGAGUAAAUCCUGGUGGCUGCAUGUCUGUCACUUAUGGUUGCACAUUUAUUACUGAUCUUUGUAGUUAUGUCAAGAAAAAAUAAGAGUUACUUAUGUACAUAAAACAAAACAGGGCUUUGUCCUCUGCAUUAGAUUAGCAAAGUACAAUAUUAAUUCUAACACCCACCUAACCCCCAUCAAUUAACUGGAAUAAUAAGCACAGUUACCUCUGGGUUUAUUUCAUAUUGUGGUAGCGAGACAUUCAAAAAAUUACAUGCAAACGUUAUGCACUAAUGUCUAUAUAUGCAAUCCUUCAGUAAUGCUCUUCAUUUGAAACAAGUAGAUAUUUGCUGCUGCUGCCUGCCUACUGGGGCCAGAAUCACAGCACCUCAUAUGUGUACUGAUUGGGUCAGGGUCACUGCUCCCAAUCACUGUCCAGUGGUUGGGCCGAAGUCACUGUUCCCUAUUGCUAUCCAGUGGUUGAGGAGGGUCAAUGGUCCUGAUCUCUUCCAGUGGUUAGACUGGGGACAGUGCCUCUGAUCAUUGUCCAGUGGUUGGGGUUGGAUUAGUGCUCCCAGUUGCUGUCCAGUGAUUGGGCUGGGGUCUCUGCUCCUGAUCACUGCCCACUGGUUGGGCCUGGGGACACUGCUGUCUAUCAGGUCCAGUGGCUGCAUCAGCAUCACUGCUCAUAACAGCUGCCCAGAAACAAUCGGAUGACGGUAUGUUUUUCUUCCUUGACUUUACUGUGCCACUGAUUGUGUAAACCUGCAACAGAGAAGUGCAGGAUGUUUGGAGGUUUCAAACUUAGAUUGACAGUGGAGAUUACAAUGGAGUAGUUUUUCAUUUCCCUAACCUUCCCCCUCUCUCUGAUUCAUGAUCAAUCGUUGCCUUUUAUUACUUGUUAUUCUUUAUGUUGCAUCAUCUCUAACAGACCGCAUUUUGAAGGGAAAGUCAAUCACGUUGCUAGAAAACAACUUGACAGUACUGACUAUGUGCUGUUAGCAACGUGCUUGACCUAUCCCAGUAGCCAGUUGAUGCAAGUGCUCUCUUUAUAGGAGCAGGACCAGGACAUUCAUCUCCUAUUCAAUAAGCUCAUGUUGGAUCUAUACCCCAAAUCCAUUUACCUUCUUUUGCUGCAUAUCACCUGAUAUUGUCAGCAAAGGUAGGUAAUGGAGGCUUAUGGAGCUGCUGUCUCACAGCCGCAGCAACCAGGGCUCAAUCAUGACCUCCGCCACUGUCUGUGGAGUUAGCACAUUCUCCUUUUUUCCUCCCACAACCCAAAGAUGUGCAGAUUGGUUGGUUGAUGGGAAUGUGGGGAGAACAGGUUACAGGGAAAAUUAGUGGGUGAAUGGGUUUGCCCUGCGAACAAGGAUAAACUUGAUGGUGGAAGUGGCCUCCUUCUAUGCUAUAAGGAAAAAUACGGAUUAACAUCUGAGAAACCGCCAAGAAUAUGUCCAACCACAGAUAGCAACACUGUGCAAGUAACAGUGCUAAAAUUAAGUUUUAAAAAUGCUAACCGUGGGCUUCUGGAAGUUGAGAAGAAGGGAAAAUAACCAGAAAUGUAAAGUCUCAUUUAGAACAAGAAGUAAUACACUGAGCUACUAACCUCUGGAUUGAAAUUUUUAAUUCAUGUUGAAUGGCAUUCCUGAAGUAACCAAGUAAGUAAAACAGAAUGAGCAAAGUCCUGCUGGUUAACAAUGAUGAGUGAUCAAUAAUAUGAUUCCUAAUAGCAAAUAUAUUGGCUUAAUGCCAGCAAUGGAAUUUAAAGGGAACCAUGACCAACAUUUAAAGCCUCCCCUUUAGUCAAGGGUGAAAUUUCAGGUGCUUGGUAUUUCUAUUUGCUAACCUAUUGUCCCACUACUUACUGUGAGUCUGAUAUGGGGCUGGAUACCCUCAUUACCCAAAGGAGAGAGAAGUUUCACAUAAUCUUACUGACUUGAUAAGAUGAUUAUGUAGUUUUCUCUUGUCAAUCUGAAAAUGUGCCUCCUGUUUGAAAUAAAUCACUGUUUCUUACUUUAAUUUUUCUGUAAUAUUAGCUUGUAAAGAGAAAAUAUUUGCAUAAAUAUAUUUUAUGUAUGUAAACAUAUUUUCUUGCAAAGUUGACAGAUUUUAUUUUGGGUGAGUGCUGUUGUGUACAGAGUCUUGUUAAUGAGAUGUCCUGUUGCUGCAUUACAAUUCUGAUAGCUUACACAUAAGCUUUUGUUGUACAGACAGAAAUGUUUUAAUUAUAGUUCAAACAUUAAUCAAUGUAUUUGGUGUGGUGAUUUCAUGAGUUAUUAGAGAGAUUUUUAUAUCAGUUGUUCAAGGAACAUUCUUUUACUUUUCAGUAUUUUCUUCUUGUCAGUGAGUUUUCCAUCUGUUUUAUCAAGAUACGUCCUUGCAAGAGCUAGCUGCCUUUUGAGGGAAUGUAGUCAGGAUCCAGAACAUGGCUACCUCUAGGCGAUGAUUGUCAGAGAUACCACUUCAAACUGGUGGAGCCACCACCUGCAAAGCAAAACCACUGCAUCCCUGGCUUUGGUGACCUAAAUCAGAGAUAUACUACACAGGCCAGAGUAGGCUGAGUGUCACCAGAGGCAGGCAACCCAUGCUUUACAGUUGUUGGCAUUGAUGUUGACCUUGACCC